AGAAGAACGUUGUGGAUGCAUGCAGGAUUUAAAAGUGUGGAAUUAGCAGGGGACAUCAGUAGCUGUCUGUGUGGACAGACUGAGAAGGACGUAACCAUGGAAUUUCCUUUUAUGCUCCAGGUGCUUGGUACACCCUGUCAGGUAUCUAAUACAAAGCAAGAACCAACAGCCACCAUGUCUAGCAAAAGAGCAAAGACAAAGACCACCAAGAAGCGCCCUCAGCGCGCCACUUCCAAUGUAUUUGCGAUGUUCGAUCAGUCGCAGAUCCAGGAGUUCAAGGAGGCCUUCAACAUGAUCGACCAGAACAGGGAUGGCUUCAUUGACAAAGAGGACCUGCACGACAUGCUCGCCUCCCUUGGAAAGAAUCCAACAGAUGAAUACCUGGAUGCCAUGAUGAAUGAGGCUCCAGGCCCCAUCAACUUCACCAUGUUCCUCACCAUGUUUGGUGAGAAGUUAAAUGGCACUGACCCAGAGGAUGUAAUCAGGAAUGCUUUUGCUUGCUUUGAUGAAGAAGCAACAGGGUUCAUCCAAGAAGACUACCUGCGGGAGCUGCUGACCACGAUGGGAGACAGGUUCACGGAUGAGGAGGUGGAUGAGCUGUACAGAGAGGCCCCCAUCGACAAAAAGGGCAAUUUCAACUACAUCGAAUUCACGCGCAUCCUCAAACACGGAGCAAAAGACAAGGAUGACUGAGCAAGUCCCUGGAUACCUGCACAUUAUUUCUACAUUCAUGUUUCUUGAUAAUGGUUUCUUUCUGAUAGAACUUGUUGCAUGCAUUUAGCUCAAAAGCUUUUGUCUUUUUCAAUAUAUUUAUCUAUUCCAGGCCAUUUAGGCAUAUUUGCACCUGUAAUCAGACUGGAAGCAGGAAAAAUAUUUUGAGGGAAAAGCUACAGGAAAAUUAUUCCCUGGAGUUGAUAGUCCAGGCAAAUAAUCUCAAUAUUUCUGGUUUUGCUGGAUUUUUACAUUUUUGUAAUAAAUGACAUUUUGAAAUAAAGAUUGCUGUAUAGAUAAAAUACCUCAAAA